AUGGCCGCCCUAGCUGAGGUCCCCUGGUUGGAUGAUGAUGUGAUACCACCACCCCCAGAUGACGACGACAAGGAGGUUACUAUUCCUUGGGGUGGUUGGGUGCACGAGAAACCCCCAGCUAGACGCCGUUCCAGGGCUAGAGCAGUAGUGGGGACAGCUGGACCAUCAGCCUCUACAGCAGCAGCUCCAUCUUCAUCGACAGCCCCUCCUUCAGCACCUGAGCCUACCUACUUACUGGUCCAGCGUCUAUUUCGGUUUUUAGAGCGCGAGAGGCUCCAUGUCAGAUGCCGACUGGAUCGGAUGGACCAGGCGCUCAUCUCUCUUGGCGCUGAGUUACCUCCGCUUCCCGACUCUCCGGCCUUUGAUGAGCAGGAUCAUCAAGAGGAGAAUGCGGAGGCACCGACUCAGCAGGAUGCCCCUCCAGCUGCUCCAGACACCACAGAGACACCACAGACCCAUGCGGAGCCGGUCCCAGAGCCACAGCCAGAGCCUACCGUUGUACCUUCUACUGAUCCUCCGGUUUAG